GAUUCAAUGAGCUACAACAUCAGGCACGCUAAAAGGCUAAAUGAAAUUCUCAUAGACAUUGAUGCAAUUCUUUGUAGCUAGCACAACCAUCGAGGUUAUUUUAUGGAACACCACCCCCAACAAGUUGUCAGUGUGAUGCGGAGGCGGAUUACUUUUUGUGUUGCAUUUCUUGUUUGGCCAAAUAAUUCGUAGCGUCGUCUGUACGACAGACAGAGAAAUUAGAUGUUUCAAUAAAAAUGUGUUUGAGUUGUAAAAUCUUUAGGGUUCAGCAACUGCAUGCGUUCAAGCAACCUUACCUGCUUUAGUCAGGCAGAUAACUUAGCUAACGUUAGCUAACGUGAAACGUCAAAUCGAUCGAUUUUGGUAGGCCGACACUAGUGCUUCCGUGAAGCCAGAAAAAGACAUUGGUCAUCUUGUACAAAUUAGUGAAGUGUUCCUGGGUUAUCAAGUAAGUGUCGUUUUGGAAAUGGGUGCUCACCGAAGUGAAGGGCGCAGCAGAGAUUGGCUUCAACAAGAUGCUACAGAACAACAGGUACAAUCAAUGAAUCCAUGGAAUAUAAUGAUAAAGCACAGACAGGUUCACCGCAGAGGUCGACGGUCGCAGAUGACUGUAAGUUACACUGAUCCAGUCAUAUCCAUGGAUCUCUUGAGAACUGUCCUGCAGCCCAGCUUCAACGAAGACAUUUUGGGGGUUUUCAGGAAAUAUAUGAAGUUCUUUGAAAAGGCAGCCAGUAAUGUAAAGGAAAACAUUGGUGAAGAGGUCCAGACCGAUCAGCUGAUCAAGGAGGCUUGCAGAAAUUGUCUCGAACAAGCAAAGCGUCUCUUUCCUGAAGGAGAGAAAACAGCCAAUAGACCAGGCGUUGAGCCCCCAGUCAAGAGAGCUAGACAGAUGGAGGAUGAUUCUAGUCAGAGGGGAAGUCCUGUACCAAAAAAGCGAAAAGGGCGGCCCCCAGGACCUGCCAUCCCCUACGAUAGACCAGUCCAGUUCAGCACCCCAGCCAAACCCAAGGCGUCUGAGGCCAUCAAGCGGGAAGGACCAAAGUGGGAUCCUGCAAGAUUAGAUGAGAAAAGCACAUUUGUAUUAGGAUCAAGAGCAAACAAGGCUUUAGGAAUGGGUGGUACAAGAGGAAGGAUUUACAUCAAACAUGCAGACCUUUUUAAGUAUGCUGCAGAUGCCCAAGAUAAGCACUGGCUUGCAGAGAAACAGCAUAUGAAGGCCACCGGCGGGAAAAUGGCCUACCUCCUUAUUGAAGAGGAUGUUCAAGGCCUUGCCAUCAGUGAUGACUAUAAAGAUUGUCCUGACCUGAAGAUGGAUGAGUUGAAGCCAUUUGCGGUGCCAAUAUGGAUGAUUGAAAAGAUGCAGAAAGCAAUGGACGGCCAGAGGUCAGAAAAGGACUGAGAACGAAAAACUGGGCUGAUGGUCACGAAGUCAUAAGAAAUAGCUUGACAACUAGCUUUCACAUUUAUUCCAAUCAUAGUGCAUUUUCCCAAGGCUAGAUCUCAUAGCGUAAUUGCGUAGUCUCCUAUUCAGUCAGUCUCCUGACUGGCUGAUAACCCAGAGAGAGACUAAUGGCAUUUUUAUAAUAAAUGUGAGCUAUAAGAAAUGACUUGUCAGCUGUUGUUCUCGUUGCUGUAAUGAUUGCUAUAAUGUAGUUUUUGUCACAGAUUUAACAUAUUCUACACAUUUGCCUGUGUGCAUUAUUAGGAAAAACACAGAAAGGCACUUAUUUUAUUAUGAACGUAGAUCAUAGUUCCUCAGGUACCAUGUCAGAUUAUGGUGUCACUUUAAAAACAAAAUUUGACCAGAAUCUAAUCAGGCAGCCACUUCUGAACUUGGUAGUAUUAACUUGCAGAGUUGCCUUACACAAGUCCAGUAACUGUAGGAGAAUGUGUGAGUGUGCUUGUGUGUUAUUUUGCUUGCCAGUGCUUUAUUCAUCUUGUGUAUUCCAUUAGAUUUACCAACAUCAGGCAUCACCUGUUGUAUUACCUUACUGUAUUUUUAAGUUUAAUGCUGAAUAUGUUGAGGAACAGUUUUUCCGCUCACGGUUUUCUUUUUUAGAGCUAUAUUUUAGUCAUUGACACAGGUGUGUAUGUGAAUUCACUCUGUAAGUUCUUCUAUUCAUGUCUAUGCAGUUAUGUGUUGCUCAUGUACGAAAAGGGAAUUUUAUACUUGCAUUAGUCCCUAGCACUGUUUAAAUGUCCAAAGCUGAUGUUACGAAAUUACUGGAAACAGUGUUCUUUCUUUUCUCAAACAAAUGUUUCAGUAAUGUAGACUAUUUUGUGUUUUGGAAUGUAAUUUGAGAGACCUGCUUAAUAGUUUUAUGAAUACAUUUACAAAUACAAAUUGUAAAAAAAAAAAAAAAAAAAAAAAAAGAGAGAGAAAGAGAGAAGUGUCUGAUGUUGUCCCAAAAGAUUGUUUUGCAAUAAUUAUUAAAUGUUUUUGUUUUAUAUUA